UCUUCCCUUUUGUCGGUGCAGUUGUCCCGUAGCCUUGUCAUCGUGCAAAAGUCUUAGCGAGUGGCGGUCCUGUACAUUCGGUUUCCAUCACUUUUAGAGUUCUAGUUCACCAACGGCUUGGAUCAAUCGCCGAGUCGCCAACACGGGGAGCAGCCACAUUUCGUCGAUCGUGUCACUAGCGAAAUAAAAGCGACUUAAUAUCGUCAAAAUUUCACCAGUUAGCCAGUAACGUCUAUAUGAACCGGUGCGCCUGACGUUCGAGAAUUUUCUAUUUUUAGCUGGAGGGGAACUUCCGCACCAUCCACCAUUCCUAUCGCUUCUAAAUUUAUCGAGCAGACCUCAGCGCCGAUCCGAGUCUCAUUCUUCACGAUAUUUUCACCACAAGAGAAACCGAAACGAAUCGUGAAUUUUUCAUUUUAAAAAAACAAAACAAAACUUAUUCGCAAAUCAAUAUGGGAAAUAGCACAAAGUCGAGUGCCGGAGGCGAUGGCGCCGAUGCGGACACAAAAAUACACGGUGCCGUAAUCGGUGUUGGUGUAGGAUUGGCUGCCGGUUUCGCUGCCCCGUUGAUGGCCGGUGUGGCCUUGUCGGCCAUGGGAUUCACCAGCACAGGGAUCGCAUCCGGAUCGCUGGCUGCUUCGUGGGAGGUUUCCGGCGGGAGUCUUUUUUCUGCUCUCCAUUCUGUUGGCGUUUCGGGCAUUAGCGGAGCCAUGGCGGCCGGCCUUGGGGCCGUGUUCGGCACGGCCGCCGCCGUACUGACAACUUUCUUCGCUCAAAGGAAACCGGAACUCAACAAAAAGGCAGCUGGACAGGUCGAAGAGAAACCCGUGGUGGCCGCCACUCGGGCCCAGUCGAUUGGCCGCUGCCCGACCCCGUCUGCCAACGUCAAAUCCGAUCAACCUGUCGGCCAGGUGAAGAAGGAAGACAAAAAACCGAUCGGCGACGAAACGGUUUCCGUCGCCAAAGUGGCCACCAAUCUCGUCCAGCACAGUGAAGCCAUUGCCGAAGCUGAGAUCAUGAGCAUUGCUGAAUCGAAAAUCCCGCAUGAUGAGGCGGUGGUCCCCAUCCAGCCGGAAGUCCAUUUCGAAGCUGUGACGGCCAUUGAAGAUCAAAUUGAAAACCAAAUCGUCGAAGCCGUCAAAGAAUUAGAAAAAUCGGUGCAAGUUGAAGAAGAAGAAGAAGAAGAAGAAGAGGAAGUCGAAGAACUGUGCUAUCCAGUCAAACCGGCGACUUUCAGCGAACAAGUCUUGGCUGCUAGAGAAAUAAUCGAUGCAUCUCCGAUGGCGUCGCCAGUCCAACCGGAACAGACACCUGAAAGAGAAUUGGUGAAAGAAGAAGAAGAAGAGGAAGAAGAAGAAGAAGAAGAAGAUGAAAUGGUUGUCGUGAAAGCUGUUUCAUCCACAGAAGCUGCCGCUCCAGUUAAGACGGAAGAGAUUCCCGUCAAGGAAGAUGUCGUCAAGAGUUCGACUGCUGUCAGCGCGGAAAUUGCCGCUCCAGUUAAAGAAGAAGAGACUCCCGUUCCAGUGGCCAAGGCAGAAACUAUCUUCAGCCCUUCACCUGUUGUGGAAGCCAGCGUUGAAGUUGCUGCUCCUGUUAAGAAAGAAGAGAUGCCCGUCUUAGUCAAGGAAGACGUGGUCAUCCAAAGCUCAGCUGCUCCGGAAGAAAUCAAAGAAGUUGCCACCAGCGCAGCCAUCACAGCUGCUAUUACUGAAGCAUCUAGCCCGACUGAACAGCCGAAAAGUGUCGAGGUAGAAGAGGAAGAAGAAGAAGAGGAAGAAGAAGAGAUGGUCAUUCUUCCAUCCGCAAUGGAAGUGGCUAAAACACAAGAGCCUGAGAAGAAAGUCGAAGUGACGGUGAGCGCAGCCGCUCCUGUCGUCACUCCCGCAAAAGAACCUGAAACUAAACAAGAAGAAGAAGAAGAAUACGAAGAUGAGGAAGAAGAAGAAGAAAUUAUCGUCAAAACGCCCGUAGUGGCGGCAGUCGUGGAAGCUCCGAUCAUCACCAAGAAACCUGAAACCAAGGUGGAAGAAGAAGAAGAAGAGGAAUACGAAGAAUACGAAGACGACGAAGAAGAAGAAGAAGAAGAGAAGCCAGUUGAGACGAAAAAGGAAACCAACAUUCAAGAGUCAACGAUCAAAGUGGCUGCGGAAGUAGCGGUGCCGGCCGUGACCGCUAACAAGGCAGAGGAGAAAUCCGCACCGAUGACCGAACCCGUCAAAAAUUAACAGCGAAAAUAAAAUCCCUUUUGUGAAACCAAACUCCUCCCAUGAACUAAGUGUGAGAAUCAAUGGAAGAGCCUGUUAGCUCGAUGAAAACCUUGACACGAUUGUGAUUGAACCAAGUGUAUGCCAGUCUAUGUAACUUCUAUCGUCAUUUACUAAUCCAUAAUUAAUGUAGCGCCACGACAAACUUUGAUUUUAACUAAUAUUUGAAAAAUUUUCUUAAAAACUAAUUCUCCGGUCUAUCAAAUGUCACUUUAAAGUGGUUUUUCAUAAAAUUUUAUUUUUAUCAGGAAUAAUUUUCUUUUGAAAUGUAGUCCGGGUCGGAAUCGACGCCUUAACGAAAAAUCACAUCGGGGUAAAACAAAACAAAAUUUUAAUCUAAGAAAUCUUUAAAAAAUUUAUAACUUUUGUGGGAGCCGAUAGAAAACUGGAUUACAAUGCUAAAAAAAAAAGAAAAGAAAUCAUCGCGUCUUCCAUAUUGUCUGGCUGUAUACUCUCACAUUACCCAACGUUGGCUCGACUAUCCCGAGCUGAAUUGGUGGCUCAGUAUAUAUGUCACGGAACAUAUGUGCACGGUAGUAUGUUGAUCACAUCUGGCUAAAAAUCUCUCUAUAACCAACAGUUUCUUCAUUUGACAGUCACACCCACUAUAGGCCCUACACAACAUUUUGAUUUUUUCCGAAAUUCUGAUAUCCGACUUCUAUCGUAUACGAAAUACGACACAAACGAAAACGCAAUCGGGAAAUAACCGGUUGGAAACGAAACUGAAACCCCCUUGGAAUGCUCACACACAUGUGAGGAGAGAAGAAGGAACGCGUGAUUUUGUUUUUCGGGUCGCGUGAUCCACAGUGAUGGGAGGGGGGAGUUAAUAAUGGUAGUAUACAGUACAUCAGUUUUUAUAUAACUGGAAUUAUUUGGGGGGGAGAGAAUUCAGUCAAACGAAAUCGUAUGCUUGAGAGUUACAAAUCUAAUAGUUUAGUGGAAACGAUAUCGAUGAAAUACUAUUAUAUAGUUUGAUUUGACGUGCUGGUGCCCCUUUUACAUUUGCCCCCCCAACCCUCCAUAAACAAACCUUUUUUGAAAUUUUUUCUCCCUUAAUAAUGAUGGCCUAUAUUAGGAAACAGGUCAAACAUUUUUCACUCCCAAUUUCAACGAUUUGAUUUUGUUUGUUUUUUAUUUUGGAGACAUUUUUAGGUAUUCGGUGAUCUUUUAUGGUGCAGUACUUCAAAUACAUAAUCUUUCCAAAACAAAA